CCCGUAAAGGGUUCGAUGGUUAUGUGGCGUAACUUGCAUAAAUCUUUGGAUCCCGACAGACGUACUUUGCAUGCCGGCUGCCCUGUAAUCAAGGGCACCAAGCAAAUUUGCAACAUUUGGGUGCAUUCUGGUUAUCAGGAAUUCAGUCAUCCCUGUGGCUUAAUACGUGACAACUACAAAUCGGCUCAUAUAUGAUAGAAGUAGAAAAAUAUAUGGUAUACCUAUACAUACUCUACAUGCAUAUGUAUAUUGUAGAGAAGUUUAAGUAAUUCACUUUUGUUUCUGAGUAAGCUAAUGAAUAUGUCCAUAAAAUACUUAAAAAUUAUC